CAGAGUCAAUAUUGAGAACGAUGUGAAAAUAUAAAUUCCGGUAUUAUUUGAUUCCUUCUGUAGGUGAAUAAUUUUCAUAGUAUAGUUCAAAAACGUUUUCUAAUUGUGAUAGUGUAUAUCAAUCAUACUGUAACACAUUAAAGCAGAGAGAGAUUCGAGAGGUGUUUCAAUGGUCAGACGUGGUUUGCAGCUGCGCAUUUAAGAGAUUGUGAUCAGGAAAUUGACGUAUAAAACUGAAGUCCUAGUAAGGAUAAGCAAUAAUGUAGUUGAAUAUGGCAUCUUGUAUCCAUAUUUUACUGAUGUUUGCCACGCUUCUCACACAGACGUCAAGUGGGGAUCAAGAAAAAUGCAGUCAAGCCAUCCACGAUCUUAUAAAAGUCGUGGCAUCGUGUCCAACAUCCAAACAGGAGUGGGAUAUUGCUGCAAGCAAGAAAAACUGCGAACAAUUAGCGGCAUUGUGUAAUACAAGUAAAAAACCAUAUCUCUACCACUGCGUCAUAAACGGAUUCAGAAAUCAAACGUUAGAAGUUUGUGCACAAGGGAGAAUUAUAUUUGGACAUUGCACAGAAUACAAUGUUGCCGGAGAAAUUAUCCAACGUCAUGAUACGGCCAAAUGCAACAGUACAUUCCCAAAAUGUGAUUGGUCCUACUAUUCCACGGAGGCCUACAAAUUCCCUGACUGUUAUGAACUUGUUUAUAUGAAACACGAUUCAAAGACAACGACUGUUCCAACAGAAGAAAGAACAACAACAAGCAAACCGGACGAAACCGAAACAAACAAUCCUUUACUUUAUGUGGUGAUUGUUGCAGUGCUUGUUAUUUGCGCCCUUGUAUUAAGCAUAGUGAUACUUUGUAAAAGACAAAGAAGAAGCGCUCCGAACGGUGAAGAAGAACGCAUUGGCCUGAUUAAAAAAAAGCAAGAUUCAUCAAUCAAGUAUUUUUACAUCAAAGCCAAACAUUUCCAACGCUUUUUUUAUGUUAACAAUUUGGCGAAAGACUGCGAACUUCGUUUGGAAAAGAUACUAAAGGACAAGAAUAGAAGAAAAUGCAUGUCUGAUAAAGACGUCAUGAUCAAAGUUGUUGGAAAUCUUACCAAUGACAACCUAGACUUGUUAUCAAAAGUAAAAGCAAAGAAAAAUAUGCAUGGGGAAAAGCUUGAAAUCAGUUGGGGAGCAGCCCCACUUCUUUGCUUCCAAAAUGAUCUUCAGACAGAAUCAGCCUUAGAGAUUUUGCGUGGAGAAAAUGCAUGCCACAAAAUCCUAAUCCAAUCCGAUGUCCCUUUUGACAAAACACGAGGAGCAGAUUGUUCAAUUGACAUCGUUGGCCAGAACAAACGACAAAUAAAAGAGAUCAUCAAAUCAUGUUUGGAGGAACAACUAGAUCAAGUACUACAAGAUUGGUUGGGAAAACUCAAACAUGAAGAUUUAAACAAACAAACAUCCGAAAUAAUUCACGAAAUAGAGGCCAUCCGUAAAAAUUUGAUACUUGACACAAGCAACAACACAGCCGCUCCUGAUGUACCUUGUUUUGACAACAAACCCAUUGUUCCAGUUAAUGUUAAGGAUUAUCUACUUGGACGGAGUGACGUAAAUAGUUUUGGAAUAUGGGGAUGUUCAACAUUCAAGAUCUUUGUCAAUAAGAGAAUUGACAAGAGAAUAUUAGAGAGCAACCUGAUCGAUUUGGAUCAAAACUUUUUUGAAAAAUAUCAUCCAAAAAUAGAAUUAAAAUAUAUGGUAGAAAAGCAGACCAUGCGGCACUAUGAUUCUACAUCGCUAAAGUACAAUUUGGGAGAAACACUUAAAAAAUUAUCUACAAAACCAUACGACGAGGCAAAAGAAAAGAUUUACCGACGACUAUCGCAAAUCCAGAUCUAUUGGUUAUUGUCUGUAUAUAGCAAAAUGUUUUAAUUCAUUCAAUAUAAAAAAGUUCGUUGUAGAGAUAUCAGAGGAAACCUGUAAUAGAUAUUGCCGACAGAAAACCAUUAUGUUUCUCUCUAUCAGAGGGCUAGUAAAUGAUGACAUAGGAGACAAAUCUCAUAAUAAGGAUAGCAUUUUCAGUUCAGGAUCGCAUGUAAUUGUUUUUAUUGAAGAGUUUGCAUCAAUGUUUUUAUUCCUAUUUGUAUACUGCUUUAAUUUUUUACCAUAUAAAUUUUAUCCACAGUCAAGUUCUGAAUAUCCUUUUUAGAAAACGAUUCUUUUGACUUGGUCUUUUCUACACUCGCAUGAAACCACCACAAAUAGAAAAUCAGCCAAGAACAAUUUGUGCGAUUUGUAUAUGUAUCAGCGCACUUAGAAUACAUGUACUUAAUUUGACAUUUUUUGGCUUCUUUUCCAUUGUUCCUUUAUUUAAUUUGUAUCUUGUUUUUAAAACAUUUCUUCUUUUUGUUUGAUUGGUGCUUGUUGAAUAAAUCUUGUGUGCGUUUUUAAGAGUAUAUUAUCUUUUCUCGAUAAGUAACUUUUCAAUUAAAAUUUUUUUGCAAUAUAUUCAAAUAUUAAAAUUCGUAAUUACGAUCUUGAUUAUUAUUUCUUUAUCAUUUCAUUCUUCAUUACUCUUAUUGGGUUGCUCAUUUAAAACAUUCUGAUAUAAUAAAAGACCCUCCACAACUUCGAAAAACAUUCUUGGACAUUGAAGCACUU